GCCCGGAUGCAGCGGGAGGAGGCGCUGCCGCCAUAUUUGCCCGGAGAGCAGCGAGCUGGUAGCUGCAGAGCCCCCCGGACCCAUCGGCUGCCAUCCGCCCCGCGCAGUCCCCGCCGCCGCCCCGCCCGUAGGACAUGGACGAUCGGGAGGACCUCGUCUAUCAGGCCAAGUUGGCUGAGCAGGCUGAGCGCUACGAUGAAAUGGUCGAAUCAAUGAAGAAGGUGGCUGGAAUGGACGUGGAGUUGACAGUGGAAGAAAGAAACCUGCUUUCUGUUGCAUAUAAAAAUGUGAUUGGAGCCAGGAGAGCUUCCUGGAGAAUAAUCAGCAGCAUUGAACAGAAAGAAGAAAACAAAGGUGGAGAAGACAAAUUAAAAAUGAUUCGGGAAUAUCGGCAAAUGGUUGAGACUGAACUGAAGUUAAUCUGUUGUGACAUUCUGGAUGUACUGGACAAACACCUCAUUCCAGCAGCUAACACUGGCGAGUCCAAGGUUUUCUAUUACAAAAUGAAGGGGGACUACCAUAGGUAUCUGGCUGAGUUUGCCACAGGAAAUGACAGGAAGGAGGCUGCAGAGAACAGCUUGGUGGCUUACAAAGCUGCUAGUGAUAUUGCAAUGACAGAACUCCCACCAACACAUCCCAUCCGCUUAGGACUUGCGCUCAACUUCUCUGUAUUCUACUAUGAAAUUCUUAAUUCUCCUGAUCGUGCCUGCAGGUUGGCAAAAGCAGCUUUCGAUGAUGCUAUUGCAGAACUGGAUACACUGAGUGAAGAAAGCUAUAAGGACUCUACACUUAUCAUGCAGUUGUUACGUGAUAACCUGACACUAUGGACUUCAGACAUGCAGGGUGAUGGUGAAGAACAGAAUAAAGAAGCGUUGCAGGAUGUGGAAGAUGAAAACCAGUGAGACACAAAGGCCAACAAGAGAACCCAUCUCUGACCACCCUCCCCCUUCCCCACAAAAACCCUCAGUGUCACUCUGAGAACCACCAAAUCUGACUUUUACAUUGGGUCUCAGAAUUUAGGUUCCUGCCCUGUUGGGUUUCUUUAUUUUUAUUUUUUUUACACAGUUUAAAAGUUCUUAAAGGCAAGAGUGAAUUUCUGUGGAUUUUACUGGUGCCAGCUUUUAGGUUCUUUAAGACACUAACAGGACUGCGUAAAGGCUCUUUCAGCAUUACUGUAUUGUCUCUGCCAGCUGUGGUGACAUUGCCAUCAGACCUGGAUGUGACACCUGAAGGCCGUGUAGGGAGAGAUUGGUCCUGGCCAGGUAGUGCUCAUGUGGUGGCAUCUUUCUUUUUUUUAUAACUGUUUAAACUGAAUUUUAUACCAAUGUUUCAACUUAAUUGGGUGUUUAGAUUGAAGUUGCGAGGUUGCAUUUGGGACAUUUAUUGUAGUGGUUUUACUGUAUAAAAACAAAAAGUUUCCAAACUGCUGAAAUGUUGCUGAAAAUCAUGGUGCUGGUAACAGUUCAACAAUCCGUGGCUGCUCAUUCUUGCCUGUUCUUUACUUUCCCUCCAAGCAGGUUAGCAUUGAAGGUGGCAUUGAUAAGCCUGCAUGCGUGUUCAAUAUUUUUUUCUUUUCUCCCUCCCCUCUCCCCAUCUCCCUUCGCUCGCUCAACCUCUUUUGUUCAGUAUGUGUAACUUGAAGCUAAUUUGUACUACUGGAUAUCUGACUGGAGCCACAGAUACAGAAUCUGUAUUGUUCUUACUGAAACACAGCAUGGAAUUAACAUUAAACUUAAAUAAAACAAACCUAAAUUAAAAAUGCCAA